UAUGGCAAACCUACCCAUCCAUUUAAGGGCAAAAACCCCAAACAAAAGAGGAGCGUGUGAUCCACUCGCUUCACAGGAGGGUGAGCCUUUGGUUCUCGAAGCCUCUCAGAAACUAAACCACGACAACUCGUGACUAAACCAUGGUUAGAACUUAGAAAGUAGAAAGUAGAAACCCCUGAAUUUCUCUCUCUCUCUCUCUCUCUCUUCUGUCUCAUUUGUGUCACUGCUAGACACUGCUUUCUUCUGCAUUGCUUCUCUGCAAUUCUUUCGCCGCUUUCUGCGUCCCCUUUGCUUCUGAAAAUUUGGGUUUUUCUCUUUCUUUGAGCUCAGACACGUUCUCUUAGGCCUAAAAGGUUGCUUUUUGAUAACUUCCCAGUGGUUGUGUGAAUUGGGAAUGAUCACUCCCACUCAAAUAGUAGUGUUGUUGCAUUUGGAUUAGGAAAAACCUCGUUGGUCACGACUCUCGAGGAGUUCAGGGUUUCCACAAAUUUCGUAUCUUUUUGGGGGUGCUCAUUUGAGAAGAGCUCACUGGGUUUCAGCCUGAAAUUAUUGGAGUUACAUGGGUUUCCCUUGAUCUCAGCCGAGAAUCAGUGUCACUAUUGUCGAUGGAACUCGAAUAGGUGGUUGCGCGUGCCAACUUGAAUGCUGCUGAUUAUGGAAAAAAAGAGAAAUGAAUAAAAAAAAAUAAGAUCGAAUCUUUUAAAGUCCCUUACUAUACCUUGCAAGUUAACAUCGUAGAGUAUGUUGGAAGCAAACAUCAGGGGGCUAAGUGCCUUAGUUUGAUAUCUUCAUUUGAGGCCUUUCUGAGCUUUGGUACUUCGGUUCUGCGGAUCGAUUGAUUCAUCAUCAUGCCUUUGUAUGAGUUAUACCGGCUGGCUAGGGAGAAGCUUGGAAAAGAGACUAACAGCACACGUGCACCUGAUCAAUGUUCCUCGCCUGAGAAUGAUUUCUUUGAGCUCAUUUGGGAGAAUGGUCAGAUUUCGAGCCAGGGUCAGUCCAGUAGAGUUAGGAGGAGUCCAUCUUGCAAGAGUUUGCCAUCUCACUGUUUACCAUCUCAUAGUCCCAAAAGUAGGGAUAGAGAUGUUGGAUAUGGUGCCAACACAAGGAUGGGAAAAUUUGGGGAUUUAGACUCUGGAUUGGAUGGAAUUCAAAUGUCAGUGCCGUCCCGCGAAGUGGAUUUCUGUCAAGAUGAAGAUGUGUUACCUUGGUUAGAUUAUACAACGAUGGAUGGUUCCUUGCAACAUGAAUAUGGUUCUGAUUUCCUCCCUGCCUCAAAUAGUUUUACUCAAUUGGAUAAAAAAAGUAAUGGUAAUAUGGUAUUCAGGGAUUCUCAUAAAACUUCUGAAGAACAAGGGAAUGUUUUCAAGGGUUCUUCAGAUGAACAUGUUGAGACAGCUAGACCUAAAUCUAGCACCAGUCAGUUAUACUCCCCAUCAUUGCAUCAGGGUCAAACAUCAUUUGUACCUUCUAGAUCCAGAGCAUUGGAUAUAACUGAAAAUAAUAAUGCGAGUAAUGCAAACCAGGAUGCGUCUUAUGGCGAAAUUACUCAUAUUCUAUCUUCGUCGAGUGAUUUUUCUAGCUUAAAGGUGCAGAAGCAAGAUCCACCUAUGCCUAGCAAUGGUUCCAGUUCCACCAUAAUGAAUUUCUCCCAUUUUGCAAGGCCUGCUGCUAUUGUAAGAGCUAAUCUUCAGAACAUUGGCUUGAAGUCUGGUUUGUCUUCAGCAAGAUCAGACUGUAUGGAAAUUAAGAAUAAAGGUGCUGUUCCAACUAGCAGCAAUCCUCCUGAAUCAAUUCUGGUUGAUUCAAGUGGUGAAUGUUCAAAGGAACUGACCAUGGACAUCCAGCAGGUUGUGGAGAAAUCCAAGGCCGAUUUGAACUCUUUGCAGCCAAAAUCUGUUGAACAGGAUGCUGUGCCUUCUAAGCAGUUGGAACCUGUUUGUAAAGAGAGUGCCACUAAGAUUGAUCAAACUCCCAAUCAAGUUCUUGGUGACAGUGGUGCUAAAGGACAGACGGCUGCUGAAAAAAGUAUGGAGCCAACAGUAGCCUCUUCCUCUGUUUGCUCUGGCAAUGGUGCAGAUGCAGACAGAGGUUCAGAUGAGCCAAAUCAAAAUUUGAAGCGAAAAAGAAAAGAUACGGAGGACUCUGAGUGUCAUAGUGAAGAUGUUGAAGAAGAAUCAAUGGGUGUUAAAAAGGCCGUCGGUGGGCGAGGAGGUACAGGUUCCAAGAGAAGCCGUGCAGCUGAAGUGCAUAAUCUAUCUGAAAGGAGGCGAAGAGACAGGAUCAAUGAGAAGAUGCGUGCAUUACAAGAACUCAUACCAAAUUGCAAUAAGGUGGAUAAAGCUUCAAUGCUGGACGAGGCAAUUGAGUAUCUUAAAACACUUCAGCUCCAAGUUCAAAUUAUGUCAAUGGGAGCUGGUUUAUAUAUGCCUCCAAUGAUGUUACCUGCAGGAAUGCAGCAUAUGCAUGCACCACAUAUGGCUCCAUUUUCACCUAUGGGUGUUGGCAUGCAUAUGGGUUUUGGUAUGGGUUAUGGAAUGGGCAUGCCUGACAUGAAUGGGGGAUCUUCAAGAUUCCCAAUGAUUCAGGUGCCACAAAUGCAAGGAACUCAUAUCCCUGUUGCACAUAUGUCUGGACCCACUUCUUUACAAGGGAUGGCUAGAUCAAAUCCUCCAGGGUUUGGGCUUCCUGGACAAGGACAUCCCAUGCCAAUGCUGCGAGCUCCUGUAUUUCCUUUUUCGGGAGGGCCUCACGUGAACAAAUCAGCUCUGGGACUACAUGCCUGUGGAUCAUCAGGAGUUGUUGAAACUGUGGAUUCAGCUUCUGCUUCUUGCUUAAAAGAUCAAAUGCCAAAUGUUGACCCACAUGUUAAGCAAAUCACUGGUGGAUGUGAUUCAACAAGUCAGAUGCCUACCCAAUGUGAAGCAGCUGCCGGAUUUGAGCAAUCUGCUUUGGCACAUAGUAGUGGUGGUCAUGCCUCCAACCCUAAUGACAAAGUAGCGGUUAAUCCUGGUCCUGGCAAAGAAGAUAACCUUGUGAUCGGUUAUGAUUGAUAAGACCGUGGCUAUGGAAGUUUUGAAAAGUGCGAGUACAAAAUCCCUUGCAAAUUACACCACAGGAUAUUCAGAGUCAUUGAGGUUAGCCUCAUCACAAUAACUACUGAAAUCCUAAUUUUCGGACUCGCUCAAUCGCAGGGAUUUUGGCAUCUUGAGACAAGCAACUCAUUUGUACAUCCACUUAGCAACCUGUUCGAUCAAUUUGCUAGAAAUUUUAUAUAUCCUUACAAAUAUGUAUUCAAAUGUUUGAUCAGAUCUUUCAUAGUGAUUCUUUGGAUUAAUGAAAUAAUAGUUUUUAUCUUC